AUGGCAAUCCUCGAUGCCGUCGAGUCGAGAGUCUGCUGCAGUGGCUACAACAGCGACUACGCCACCGAAUAUUCGCCUCUGUCGUCCGGCACCGAGUGCGGCGGUGAGGGUGAAUCCCCGCGAAGAGACUGGGAGACGCGUCUCGGCCACGGCGCCGCCCUCAGCCUGUCGAUCCUCGAGAUCAAGCGGCUGCUGCUGCUCAGCCUGGAGAUGCUGAUUGACUCGCGGCCGGUGCGCUUCGCCGGUGCUCUGGCGCCCCUCCUCGUGAGCUUCUGCGACGUCGGCCUUGGCUUUCCCGUGGCCGUGGCGACUCUCUACGCUCUGAGACGGCGGCGAAGCUCCUGUGGCGACGACGACGACGACGACUCGGCCAAGGAUCGGCUGCGCCGCAGGAUCUGUAUGCUGUGCCUCUGCGUGACUCUGAACGUCGUCACCCUCGUGCUGAUAGCCGUGCACGUCGACACGGACGCGUCGAGCCUCGAAAAGGUCUUCAGGAUGUCCAUGAAAUUUUACGCUCAGGAAGCAUCCCACAAGCUGGCCGUGGACGAUCUGCAGCUGGAUCUCGAGUGCUGCGGAUUUUCCUCCUACAGCGAUUGGUUCGGCGUCGACUGGCAGGAAAAAAUCGGUACGAUGUACUACGCCGACAGCGAGGAAGAAGACGAUUACCCACCGGCGGCGGCGGUGGACGAUGGAGCCAUCGAGCUCGAGGACGAGCAGACCCAACGGAUGGACUUCCAAACAGUAGUCGACCGCGGAGUGCCCUACAGCUGCUGCGCCAAAUGGAUCCUCGUGCCGUGCGCCCCUGCCAGUCCGAUCGAUCCGAGGACUCUGAAUCAGGGUGGAUGCGCCGCGGCGAUCGCUGCGGUAAUGCUGAGGCUCGCCGUCGUCGGCUAUCUCGUCACGGCCCUCGUCAUCUUCUCGCAGAUUUUGCUCGUCCUCCUUUUGUGCAGAAUCGUGAAGAAAAUGACGGAGGAAGCCUACAAGUCCGAGUGUUCCUGCUGGGAGUCGUCUUGUACGCCCAGCUCGGACGCUUACCUAUCGCAACGGCAAUCGGCAAAGUCAUCCCUGCGCCGAUACCGAAAAGCCAAUCGUCAGCGUCUGCUGAGACUGGCCGCGAGCCGCGGCGGCAGCUCCAAACUGCUGCUACCCCCGUCGAGGUAUCGGCGGCGGCAAUUUUUCAAAAGCACAACGUCGUUGUGCACGAACGACGAUGCGGCGCCUACGUCGAUCUUCAGCAAUUCCGAGGGCGAAUCGUCGGCGACUAGCCCGUCGAGCAGGCGAGGAGAAUCGACCACCGCUAAUACAGAUCGUGGCAUGAUGAGCUGCGGCUGA